AGUCCGCCGGCGAGUCGGAAGCGAGUCUAAAUAAUUGAAUACCCCUCCGUCGCCGCCGCCGCCGCCGCCGCCGCCGUCGCCGCGACGAAAUCGCGCAAACAAUUUACACCCGAGCGUGUAAAUAUCCGCGCGAACUCGAAGCAAGAGUCGCGCUCCCUCGAGUCGGAGGUGGUGGCCGCCCCGCGCGCGCCGUUGCGGGUUCGUUGCUCCGCGGGAGCGUCGUGACGCCCGCGAGCGCGCUCCCCGUGAUCGAUCUCGAUUCGCCAAGUUGUGGGGUAAGAAGAGAAUCCAUCGGAACUCCAUGCGUCUCGAAACACACCACCCUCUGCUGCACCUCUGUCACACCUGUCACGCUGAGUAUCGACCGCGAGAUCAUCGCCCGUCGUCAUCGCGUCGUUCGCGUCGGAUAGCCGCAACGGUGAACGUGAACCGUAGAAUGCCCGUCAGAAUCGGACUGUAGAAUACGAUAGAACGAGUGGGGAAAUCAACCGGACCAGACUUGAUGGACCAGAGUGUGAUCGUGCCGCGCGAUAUCGGUGCCGUCGACAGCGUGAGGCUGCUGACGGCCAUGAAGAACGAGUCCGACAUCGCUGGCAUGCAUCAACCGGAGCAAACGAUCAUCGCGCAUUCGAACUCGUCAACGGUGGCCGCGCGAUCUGUACUGCCGAUAGCGACAAGUCUGCAGCAGCAGCAGCAGCAACAGCAACAGCAACAGCAACAGCAACAGCAGCAGCAGCAGCAGCAGCAGCAGCAACAACAGGAGCAAGGUCUGGAGUCGCUCAUGUGCAACCCCACGAGUAGCGAGAUACCGCGGAAACCCGGCGGUCGACGCCAAGAGAAACCACCGUACUCGUACAUAGCGCUGAUCGUGAUGGCCAUUCAGUCGAGUCCGGGCAAACGACUCACCCUGUCCGAGAUCUACUCGUUUCUGCAGCAACGCUUCCCGUUUUUCCGCGGCGCUUAUCAAGGCUGGAAGAACUCGGUGCGACACAAUCUCAGUCUGAACGAGUGCUUCAUCAAGUUACCCAAAGGCUUGGGUAGGCCUGGCAAGGGUCAUUACUGGACCAUCGAUCCGUCCACGGAGUACAUGUUCGAAGAGGGUAGCUUCCGGCGACGACCACGCGGCUUCCGACGCAAAUGCCAGGCGUUGAAGCCGCAGUACUCGCAAUAUUACUCCGGCCCGGCCGGUCCCGUCGGCGUACAGACACCUGGCUAUGACAACUUGACCGGUGGCGGCAUUGAAUACACCAACGGCUACCAGAACCACCAGUAUCAAAACUAUCAGGAAUACGCCAUGUACGCGCCAAGUGCGGCCGCGGCGGCGGCCGCGGCGGCAGCCGCGGUCUCCGCCGCCGAUUGGGCGUAUCCGGAUGGUGCGACGUACAAGUCUCCACCGAUCGCCGAGGUCACUUACAAGACCACCGAGGUUACCUACAAGACCGGCGAGCCGGCGACAGCGGCGCCGGUCUAUCGGAACGGGGAGCUGGUGGCUUUCAAGAGCGAACCCGGUUCGUUCGGCACCAGAAGUCAGGAUCAUCAGUUGACGUACAGACCCACGGUUGCCGACGGUUUCUCCUCUCCCUCGGUGAAGGAACAUCAACAUCAUCAUCAUCAGCAGCAGCAGCAGCAGCAGCAGCAGCAGCAGCAACAGCAACAGCCGCAACAGCCGCAACAGCACCAUCAUCAUGCAGAUUACAAGGACGAGACCAUGAUGAACUACAAGUGCGCCAAUUCGACGCCCACUACUCAAGCACCCGGACAAGAUUAUUACGUCGGUUAUGGCCUCGCGGCAGUGAGCAACAACGCCGGACACGACGUCAACAUCGCCAUGCAGGCUAUGCAGGAGCAGCAACCAGCCGGCGGUAGUCCAGUGACGAACGUCAGCUCGCCGCAUAGCGCCGGUUGCCAAACACCUGUCACCGAUCACGGAAUAAAAAUGCAAUGCGCCAACUCUAGCUCGAGCUCGAACAGUUCCGGCGGCGGAAUCGUGGAUCGGAAGCCAUCCUAUUUCGCAGCGCAUCCUGGAGGAUCGGUGACCUUGAGCUCCUUGAGCUCACUGGGUUCGUUAAAUCUGAGUAACAUUGGCGGACUGAGUAUAUCCAAUCUACCUGGUGCGGUGUCUACAAAUAUUCAUCACACGUCAACGCCGCCGCCCACGACCAUGUAUUACGAUCAAAUCAAGUACAACAUGUGAAUAUGUUUCCUCGAAAAGCGUCGGAUUCAUGUUAUCGAAAAAGUCAAAAGCCCCGCGUUGGCAAUCAAGACGGACAUUCAAGCGAUAUUAUCGAGUUUUCGAGUAUAUUCUCGUGAUCUCCGACCGAUCUCCGAGCGAUCUUAUCCAUCUGUGAGAUGACACACGAGAAAACGAGAGCAAGAAUUACUCGCCUUUGCGAUUCGCAGUCGCAGGCGCGAAUAAACAAUGUACGUAAAAUGUAAGAUACAGCGUGGCGUAAAGAAAGAAAGAAAGAAAAAAAAGGAAAUUACGACCGAUGGCUCAAACGCGCGUAGCGGUGCACACGUCGGGAUAAUAACGUCCACUUGCAGAGAACGAACGAUGCAUCUCGACCAUAUCCUAUUUAUAUAUUUGCGAUCUACCGAUCGAUGUAAUUAAUUUAAGUCUAGUGCGGAAAAAAAACAAAGUCUGUGGAAUUAAAUAACGUUUACUACAAAAAAGCAAGAAAAAAAGAAAAAUUCUCUUUCCAUCGACCGAGUUCUUCAUCUACAUGCUUCCUUGCUCUGUUCGUUGUAGCAAAUGCACUUCCAACACUCAACCGGUGCGAGACUG